AUGUUGGGGGGCCUGCUGACCCCAUUGCACCAACCAUCAUCAUCCCACCCAAGAACACCAGUGUUGUAGCUGGGACCUCGGAGGUGACCAUGGAGUGUGUGGCCAACGCCAGGCCUCUGAUCAAGCUGCACAUCGUGUGGAAGAAAGAUGGGGCUCUGCUCUCCAAUGGGAUCAGUGACUACAACCGCAGGCUCACCAUCACCAACCCCACAGUCAGCGACGCCGGGUACUACGAGUGUGAGGCCAUGCUGCGAAGCAGCAGCGUGGCCCCUGUCACCCGGGGCGCCUACCUCUCAGUGCUGGAGCCACCUCAGUUUGUCAGAGAGCCUGAGAGACACAUCACAGCCGAGAUGGAGAAGGUGGUAGACAUUCCCUGUCGAGCUAAAGGGGUGCCGUCUCCCUCCAUCACCUGGUACAAGGACGCUGCGUUGGUGGAGGUGGGAAAGCUAACACGCUUCAAGCAGCGUAGCGAUGGCAGCCUGCAGAUCAGCAGCCUGCUGCCCGAUGACACCGGCAUGCUCCAGUGUUUUGCCCACAACGCAGCUGGUGAGGCCCAGACCUCUACCUACCUGGCCGUCACCAGCAUCGCCCCUAAUAUCACCAGAGGGCCCCUUGAUAGCACAGUGAUUGACGGCAUGUCGGUGGUCCUGGCAUGUGAGACCUCAGGGGCACCACGGCCUGCUAUCACUUGGCAGAAAGGGGAGCGCAUCUUAGCCAGUGGCUCUGUCCAGCUGCCCCGCUUCACCCUGCUGGAGUCUGGCAGCCUGCUCAUUAGCCCAACCCAUAUCUCGGACGCUGGUACCUACACCUGUUUGGCCACCAACUCUCGGGGAGUGGACGAGGCCUCCGCAGACCUGGUCGUAUGGGCCCGGACACGUAUCACGAAGCCACCCCAGGACCAGAGCGUCAUCAAGGGCACCCAGGCCUCCAUGGUGUGUGGAGUGACCCACGAUCCCAGAGUGACUGUCAGGUACGUGUGGGAGAAGGAUGGGGCCACCCUGGCCGUGGAGACUAAUCCUCGGAUCCGCCUGGACAGAAACGGCUCCCUACAUAUCUCGCAGACGUGGUCAGGGGACAUUGGCACAUAUACCUGCCGGGUACUCUCAGCUGGUGGCAAUGACUCGCGAAAUGCCCACCUGCGAGUCAGGCAGCUUCCCCAUGCUCCUGAGCACCCCGUGGCAACGCUUAGCACUGUGGAGAGACGCGCCAUCAACCUGACCUGGGCCAAACCCUUCGACGGCAACAGCCCUCUGCUGCGCUACAUCUUGGAGAUGUCAGAAAACAAUGCUCCCUGGACCAUACUCCUGGCCAGCGUGGACCCAGAAGCCACCUCAGUGAUGGUCAAGGGACUGGUUCCCGCUCGUUCCUACCAGUUCCGCCUCUGCGCUGUCAACGAUGUGGGCAAAGGACAGUUUAGCAAGGACACAGAAAGGGUCUCCCUUCCCGAGGAACCUCCCACGGCCCCUCCACAGAACGUCAUCGCCAGCGGUCGGACCAACCAAUCCAUCAUGAUCCAAUGGCAACCACCUCCCGAGAGCCACCAGAACGGGAUCCUCAAGGGCUACAUCAUCAGAUACUGCCUGGCGGGGCUACCUGUUGGGUACCAGUUUAAGAACAUCACAGAUGCUGACGUCAACAACCUGUUGCUGGAGGACCUCAUCAUUUGGACCAAUUAUGAGAUCGAGGUGGCUGCCUACAACAGCGCCGGGCUGGGUGUCUACAGCAGCAAAGUCACCGAGUGGACGCUGCAGGGAGUUCCCACGGUGCCCCCGGGCAAUGUACACGCAGAAGCCACGAAUUCUACAACCAUCCGCUUCACCUGGAAUGCCCCCAGCCCCCAGUUCAUCAACGGCAUCAACCAGGGCUACAAGCUGAUUGCCUGGGAGCCAACCCAAGAAGAGGAGGUUACCAUGGUGACUGCCAGGCCCAACUUUCAAGACAGCAUCCAUGUGGGCUUCGUGUCCGGUCUGAAAAAAUUCACAGAGUACUUCACGUCGGUGCUCUGCUUCACCACACCGGGAGAUGGGCCUCGAAGCAGCCCCCAGCUGGUGCGCACCCAUGAGGACGUGCCUGGACCCGUGGGACACCUGAGCUUCAAUGACAUCCUGGACACCUCUCUGAAGGUCAGCUGGCAGGAGCCUGGAGAGAAGAAUGGCAUCCUGACAGGGUACCGGAUCUCCUGGGAAGAGUACAACAGAACCAAUACCCGUGUGACCCACUACCUGCCCAACGUAACCCUGGAGUACCGAGUCACGGGCCUCACGGCGCUCACCACCUACACUAUAGAGGUGGCUGCUAUGACCUCCAAGGGCCAGGGCCAGGUGUCGGCCUCUACUAUUUCAUCUGGUGUGCCUCCAGAGCUUCCGGGGGCACCCACCAACCUGGGCAUCUCCAACAUUGGUCCACGAUCCGUGACCUUACAGUUCAGGCCCGGCUAUGACGGAAAGACAUCCAUCUCCCGCUGGGUGGUGGAGGCUCAGGUGGGCGUGAUCGGGGAGGGAGAGGAAUGGUUGCUGAUCUACCAACUCGGCAAUGAGCCUGAUGCACGUUCUAUGGAAGUGCCGGACCUCAACCCCUUCACCUACUACAGCUUCCGCAUGCGCCAGGUGAACAUCGUUGGCACCAGCCCACCCAGUCAACCCUCUAGAAAGAUCCAGACCCUCCAGGCGCCCCCAGACAUGGCCCCAGCCAAUGUGACUCUGCGCACAGCCAGUGAGACCAGCUUGUGGCUCCGAUGGAUGCCCCUCCCAGAAAUGGAAUACAAUGGCAACCCUGAGUCGGUGGGCUACAAGAUCAAGUACAGCCGGUCUGACGGCCACGGCAAGACACUGAGCCACACGGUACAAGACCGAGUGGAGCGAGAGUACACUAUUGAGGACCUGGAGGAGUGGACAGAGUACCGUGUCCAGGUCCAGGCCUUCAAUGCCAUCGGGAGCGGGCCCUGGAGCCAGGCGGUGGUGGGCAGGACCCGGGAAUCAGUCCCAUCCUCUGGCCCCACCAACGUGUCAGCUCUGGCCACCACCUCUAGUAGCAUGCUGGUCCGCUGGAGCGAGAUCCCAGAGGCAGAUCGAAAUGGCCUCGUGCUGGGCUACAAGGUGAGAUACAAGGAGAAGGACUCAGACUCCCAGGCCCGGUUCUGGCUGGUAGAAGGCAACUCGUCCCGCAGUGCCCAGCUCACAGGCCUGGGAAAGUAUGUGCUCUACGAGGUCCAGGUUCUGGCCUUCACACGCAUCGGCGACGGCAGCCCUAGCCACCCUCCCAUCCUGGAGCGGACACUGGAUGAUGUCCCAGGCCCCCCCAUGGGCAUCCUGUUUCCAGAGGUGAGAACCACAUCUGUGCGGCUCAUCUGGCAGCCCCCUGCAGCCCCCAACGGCAUCAUUCUGGCCUACCAGAUCACACACCGGCUCAAUGCCACUACAGCCAACACCGCCACAGUGGAGGUCCUGGCACCCAGCGCCCGCCAGUACAUGGCCACAGGCCUCAAGCCAGAGUCGGUCUACCUAUUCCGUAUCACAGCCCAAACCCGCAAAGGCUGGGGAGAGGCUGCUGAGGCCUUGGUAGUGACGACAGAGAAGAGAGACCGGCCACAGCCCCCUAGCAAGCCUGUGAUACAGCAGGAAGACGUGAAAGCACGCAGCGUGCUGCUAUCCUGGGAGCCAGGCAGCGAUGGGCUCUCCCCAGUACGCUACUACACCAUCCAGACGCGGGAGCUGCCCAGCGGCAGGUGGGCACUGCACUCAGCCUCCGUGAGCCACAAUGCCUCCGCCUUCACUGUGGACAGACUCAAACCCUUUACAUCCUACAAGUUCCGAGUGAAGGCGACCAACGACAUCGGGGACAGCGAGUUCAGUGAGGAAUCAGAGUCGCUGACCACCCUGCAGGCAGCCCCAGAUGAGGCACCCACCAUCCUGUCGGUGACUCCCCACACCACCACCUCUGUGCUAAUCCGAUGGCAGCCUCCGUCUGAGGACAAGAUCAACGGCAUCCUCUUGGGCUUCCGAAUCCGGUACCGGGAGCUGCUCUAUGACGGGCUGAGGGGCUUCACUCUUCGAGGCAUCAACAACCCCGGGGCCAAGUGGGCUGAGCUCACCUCCUUGUACUCCAUGCGGAACCUGACCCGGCCCAGCCUCACGCACUACGAGCUGGACAAUCUGAGCAAGCACAAGCGUUACGAGAUCCGUAUGAGCGUGUACAACGCCGUGGGUGAGGGACCCUUGAGCCCACCGCAAGAGGUCUUUGUCGGGGAGGCAGUGCCCACGGCUGCACCACAGAACGUGGCCAUCCACAGUGCCACAGCCACACAGCUGGAUGUGACGUGGGAGCCGCCCCCAGUGGACAACCAGAAUGGAGACAUCCAAGGAUACAAGAUUUAUUUCUGGGAAGUCCAGCGGAGGAACCUCACGGAGAGGGUGAAGACUCUCUUCCUGGCUGAGAAUAGCGUGAAACUCAAGAACCUGACGGGCUACACUGCCUACAUGGUCAGCGUGGCCGCCUUCAAUGCUGCGGGGGAUGGGCCUCGGAGCACCCCAACCCAGGGCCAAACUCAGCAAGCAGCCCCCAGUGCCCCAGGCUCAGUCAAGUUCAGCGAACUGACCACUACCUCAGUGAAUGUGUCCUGGGACGCCCCACAAUUCCCCAACGGUCCUCUGGAGGGCUACCGGCUGGUGUAUGAACCCUGCACCCCAGUGGAUGGGGUCAGCAAGAUUGUGACCGUGGACGUGAAGGGGAACAGCCCACUGUGGCUAAAAGUGAAGGAUCUGACCGAGGGCAUGACCUAUCGUUUCCGAAUCAAAGCCAAGACCUUCACCUACGGGCCUGAGAUUGAAGCCAACAUCACUACGGGCCCUGGAGAAGGUGCCCCAGGACCACCAGGAGUGCCAAUCAUCGUUCGGUACAGCUCAGCCAUUGCCAUCCACUGGUCCAGCGGAGAUCCUGGCAAAGGACCCAUCACACGCUACGUAAUAGAGGCCAGGCCUUCAGAUGAGGGGCUCUGGGACAUCCUCAUCAAGGAUAUCCCCAAGGAGGUGACUUCCUAUACCUUCAGCAUGGACAUCCUGAAGCCAGGUGUAAGCUACGACUUCCGCGUCAUCGCAGUCAAUGACUACGGCUUUGGCACUCCCAGCAGCCCCUCCCAGUCUGUGCCAGCCCAGAAAGCCAGCCCGUUUUAUGAGGAAUGGUGGUUCUUGGUGGUCAUUGCCCUUGUGGGUCUCAUUUUCAUCCUGCUUCUGGUCUUUGUACUCAUCAUCCGAGGUCAGAGCAAGAAGUACUCCAAGAAGACAGAUUCAGGAGGGAAUACCAAGUCAGGUGCGCUCGGCCACGGGGAGAUGCUGAGUUUGGAUGAAAGCAGUUUCCCCGCUCUGGAACUCAACAACCGGCGGCUGUCCGUAAAGAACUCCUUCUGCAGGAAGAACGGCUUGUACACCAGGUCCCCUCCCAGGCCCAGUCCGGGCAGCCUACAUUACUCUGAUGAAGAUGUCACCAAGUACAAUGACCUCAUCCCAGCUGAGAGCAGCAGUCUGACUGAGAAGCCCUCGGAGAUCUCUGAUUCCCAGGGGAGUGACAGCGAGUACGAAGUGGACACGAACACCCAGAAAGCCCACUCAUUCGUCAACCAUUACAUCAGUGACCCCACAUAUUACAACUCUUGGCGGCGUCAACAGAAAGGCAUCUCUCGGGCCCAGGCCUACAGCUACACAGAGAGCGAUUCCGGCGAACCUGACCACGUCACUGUCCCCAACAGCAACAGCACCCAGCAAGGCAGCCUUUUCCGGCCCAAGGCCAGCCGGACUCCAACGCCCCAAAACCCCCCAAACCCCCCAAGUCAGCAGAGCACCCUCUACCGUCCCCCCAGCAGCCUUGCCCCGGGCUCCCGGGCACCCAUAGCUGGGUUCUCAUCCUUUGUUUGACAUCAAAAAAGGAGAAAGAAUGGGGGAAGGAAAAAAAAAGACACCAAAAUCCUCCUUUGCCACUUCCCAAAACGCCUGCCAGAAACACACAAGAAAACCCCACCAAGACAUCGACUCAAGUUUUCACCUCCCAAGUUUGUUUUUCCAGAGAUUCCAGGGCCAGCAAAGCCGGGUUGGAGGACAGGCAGAGGGAGAAGAAACCCACAGGAGGGCUUGGACACAUGUGACCUGCAGUGGCUUCACAUCCUUGGGGUCCGGUUUGCGGUGCGGAGGGCUGGAGACCAGAUAGUCUCACUUCUGUCGACGACAGAGGGGCUUGGGACCCUGGAGAGAGGGAGCCAUAAGGCACGUGGGGCUGAGGGAUGGGAAGGCUUCUGGAGACGCAGCUAGCCGGCUUCACCCCUCACACUUGUGCUGGAUUCCUGAGCUUGCUGUUCUUGCCCCUCUGCAAAGAGGAUGGGUGCACUCAGAGGCCAAGCCUGCCUGCUGUAUCUGGCUCUUGGCUCUUCCUGUCAGGUGUCCCAUGGCCCUGUCACCCUGCUGCCCUGCCUUAGCACCCUCCAAGUGUUCAACUUCUUCACCAAGCAUUUGGCUUAUUUUUUUGAAGGGGAGAGGGAGGAGAAAAAUCAAAUGGUAAGAAUCCACUUAGCAACUUCCUUGUUCCUACAAAACAAUUUUUUUUUUUAAUAAUUGUGAAUUCAAGGAAGAGGGCCUAAGGUUUGGGAGAGAAAGAAUCCCUCCACAGCCACAUAAUCCUGAAUGCUGAUAAGGAGAGGUAAUAUCUGGGGAAUGGAGACCCAAGGUGCUGGCUCCACACUAAGGGGUGCAGGAAAUCAGACAUGCAAGGAUAAAGCCUUGACUGUUUCCUUCUGA